AUGACCCAAAAAAAUGACGACCCGUCAGACUUUGAACGCUUGACGAUUCAAUUUAGCAACGCAAUUUCAAGCUUAGCAAGCUCUAUCGGUGUAGAGCCUUUUAUCGAUGUUGCAUGUACCUUUUUUGAAUUGAUUGUGAGUCUGUGUCCGGAGAAGUGUUUUCAGCAAUUGUUGAAAGAGGACUGCAGCGGCCGCAGGGCACUGGAGUUAGAACUGGAAAAGGAGAUUACAAGCCAUCCUGAACUCGAUUUGGAAGUGGAUCCCCGAUUUUUGAUGAAAAGUAUUUCGCGCACACGGUUGUAUGAUCGACACACAUUGGAGCUAAAGAUCAAGCUGGUAAUUGUCUCCAAGACUGUCAUUGCGUUUUUGGACUUUUUCGACAAGGAGUAUGCAGAGGCGUUUUUCAAAUUCCGCUGGACGCUCCAAUUCUUACAUGAAUGUCGUAGAAUCAUAGGAAUAUGUGACGUUCCUAUAGCAGCGUCUCUCGAUUAUGAGAGAUCUCUAUCGCUUCUCUGCGCGAAAGCGCUUGUCAAAGGAUUCGGAGGUUUGCGGGCGACAAAAACCAAAAUUGCCACGGAGUUCAAGGUCAACCGUCUUGAUAUUUUUGAAGGUUUGUUGGCAAACAUACUCGAUUGCACGGAGCCUAGUAUACUGACAUGCGGUGACGACCUCGACCAUUUCAUGAUGGACGAAAUGUUCACAGUUUUGGGUCGAAUGGAGGAGUGCAUCGCGUUUUUGAGAGGUCCUUUAUGCGAAGUAGAAGAGACUAGUUCCCCGCGGAUUUAUGCCAUCAGACCGCAACAAACACAUCUGGAUGGUAUGAUUCGCAAAUUCAUUCUCGCCUCCACUUUUAAACUCUCUGGAGAUCCUUCCAUUCUUCUUUGUUUUGACAAAAUUCUAGAAGGAAUAAUGUUUUAUGGUGGUGUUCACUCGUACGUGGUUGCCUUUUUCCGGGAGCUCAAGCUAUAUCAUCGAGACGAAUUUCCUAAGUGUGGGCUGUCUUCCGGACUUCUUGUAAAAACAAGAUCAUCCUUAGCGGCCCUAGUCAAUAAAUUUGCCGAUCAAGGUUGUAGCAGGGGAACUUCUAGUGUUGGUUCAAAACAUCCUCGAUGUCCUUACGUUCUGAUCAAAAUCAAUGACGAGAGGCCCAUUGUAGUAGAUGCACUCCAUGAACCAUCAGGCAAACAUAACCAUGAAAUAACGCUUCUGCUCAGUACUGCUAAACUCAAAGCUAAGCGUAAAAUACAUGGAGACCAGGAGUCUGAGGUGCAGACGCUGGGAGAUCAAUGGGAGAAAGGCCUUUCGUGGGUGCACUUCUGGCAUCAUUGUUACUUAGACAACAAGGGAAGCGUGCCCCAUAAACUCACAACGCUCUUGAGCGCCGUGUACGAGUGGGAUGCACUUUCUCUUUAA